AUGUCGAACCAAGACUCGCUCGCACCACCUGUCACACAGCAGGAGGCACAAGCCCGCGUCACCGCUCAAGCCUCUGCCGCCGCCGCCGCUGCCGCUGCAGUCGCCGCCGCAGACGCUUCCGCCCCAGACAAACACCAGGCGGAUGAACACGACCAGCAUGUCUCCACCACAUUCCCGGUAGACCCGGAUGACAUCGCCCACCACCCGCCCGCCGCCGCCCCCAUCGACGACCCGAAGAAGCAAGCUCCUGACCAGGAAGGACACCUCCCCGCGUCCGACCACCUCGAUGUCCCGCAUUCCCGCGCCCCCGCCAUAGCCUCCCCGGCCCAGCAUAUGUCCGCCGUCAACGCCACCCACUCGCCCCCCCUCUCCCACGUCCCGAGUCUGCCCGGCGUCAUCUCGCCCAUCGCCAAGAGGGCCACCACCACCGCCCCUUUUGUGUGCGACGUCGUCGGCUGCGGGAAGGCUUUCGGCAAGAAGUUCAACCUCAAGGCCCACAAGAGGGUCCACACUGGCGAGGAGCCCUUCGUGUGUAGCUUUCCUACAUGUGGGAAGACUUUCAAGUGGAAGUCGAGCCUUACUUUCCACGAGGGACUCCACCUCAACGCCGCCGAGGAUCAGGCACCCCCGCAGGCCACCACGGCUGAGCUGGCCGGCGCCGUCGCUGCCGCUACGAACAAGAAGACCAACAAGGUCUGAUGUCUUUGUCACGCCGAGCUUAGAUUUUUUUUUUCCCUAUCUUCCGUCGUGUCAACUCGCGGCCUGCUUCUGUAGCGCUUUUUUUCUUUCUACUGCACUGUGUACAGCGCUCUUUCUAGGUCGAUUCGUCUUGGGGUUCUUUGCAUGUCGGUCUUUGGGGACGAGGGCUGCCAUCGGAACGUUGUGCUAGUUGCUUUCUUGGCUAAGUUAGGGUGCUUGUGUGUCUAUGUGCAUAUGUGUAAAGUGGAAAUGGCACCGGCUCUUUAUUUACGCCGCGACAAAUCCUCUGCAUUCAAUGGCCAUUUGUGAAAUGACGGGCGACCGUGCUAGAGGCCUCGCCCUCCUUUGGCUGAGCUGCCCUAUCCUAUCACGGCGGAACCACGCACUGGCGUUGUCGCCGUCUCUAUCGGCUUCCUGCGCGUCCGACGUUUGUCUUUCUUUGGGAAACUUCCAGUUUCGAUUUUGUGUCUUGUCCAUCAGACCUUGGGAAAAUUGACAUAAAAAUUCAACCCGCCUAUCUUUUUCGUAAAAACCGCCCUAUCCCGCUGCUUUCCA